AUGGUCGCCGUGUUGGAUCCUUCCCGGGGCUUCCGAACUGGAGACUGCCAAGUGGCCUUUCGAGACUUGCGGCCCGUGCACCAGGAAUGGCGGGCAGGUGCCAGAUUGGUCAUCGGUGGCCUCCAGAGUAGCAAAAUGAGGCAUUUGAACGGCCGCACGGUGCACGUUUGCGAGCACCGGCGCUACGGUCACCCCUGCUUCGUGCAGCCAUCGGCUUCGCAGGGAACCAAGGAACAGAAGGACAAGCUGACUCUGUGCGUCCGGCUGGACGACCCGAUCCCUGACCAUGCAACCGCCCUGCUGCUGGAGCCCAGAUUCCUGUCCCCGUACAUUCCGAAAGAAGAGCGGGCACCGACAGUGCCCAAGCUCUGCCUCCCCGCGCAGAAGGAAGCGACGGGCACGCUACUGAGCUCCAGCCGCAGCGGCAGCAGCAGAGGUGAGACGGACUCAAAGAACUCCCCAGUGUCCCGCAGCCGCAGGGUCCCAAGCACCGUCGAGACGGCGCGAGCUCCACCGGCAGCGCCGUCCUCUUGCUCGGGUGGAUUUUUGGGCCUGCUCUCUUGGUUGGUUGAGGCGCAGAAGUCGCCGGAGGAGGAGCAUCCAACAGUGUGCAGGUCCGCGUCGAUCAUUACUGUCGACGAGGAAUCGCCCAAACACAGCCAUCGAGGCGGUUUGCUUCCAAUUCCCGAGCUGGCUCCGGGAGAUGAGCGGAUUUUGGGUGAUGACCUUUGUGGUGGCCAGGUGCCAGAGCAAGGGGACCUGGUUAUCCUGGGCCGCGGCGUCAACUCGCAAUACCAGCUGUGCUCUGCAGUGAUCAAGGAAGUGCAUGCAGAUUUCUGCAGUGUGGCCGUUUUGGAUGCCUCACGCAGCUUUUCCACGGGCGAGUGCAUCGCCAAGUUCCGCGAGGUAAUUCCAGUUCAUCAGGACUGGCGUGUGGGAACUCGUCUUGUUGUGGGCGGGCUACAGAGCAGCCACAUGAGGCACCUGAAUGGGCUGUAUGCACGUGUCUGCCCCCACAAGCGAUUUGGUCAUCCCUGCUUGAUUCAGAAGCCCUCUGCGGCCAACGGGGCUUUGUGGCUGUCUGGUUAG